AAACAUAAUUGUUUGUCCCCACUCUGCGGCCACGUGUAUGAACGCAUCGACCCAACGAGGCUGAAACUCGGCAGCGGCUGCAGUAAUGUCCCUCCUACUUGGGACAGAAAAACCCCUUCCUUCUAAAUAUUGCUAAUCCGAAAGGAGUAAAGGUAGGGGCUCAAAAGUAUUAUAAAAGCAGUGGUAAUAGAGUUUUUGGACGUUUAGUCCACAAUCGAGUCCAGAGCUGACUGUCGCUUUUACUGGUAAAUCACGCUAAACGGAGUAUAGAUUAUAAUUUUUUUAUUGAAACCGUUCUUUAUAAUGCACCGUAAAAAUAGAAGCUUUAGUGGUUUGACCCUUGUUGGUUGCGCGUUGUUAGUUAUCAGUAAAGUGGAAGCUUUUCCAGACGGUGCACCGGCGGAUACGUGUGUAAAAAGUCGCACCAACGAGCCGAAUCAUGGCGCGGCACGCAGUCAAAGUCUGGCCAACCUACCUUACCAAGUGACGGCGAGCAGUAACGUGUACGGUCCCGGUACGCAGAUUCAGGUCUCCAUACACGGGCAGCAGGACGUAUUUCGAGGAUUCUUCCUGCAGGCGCGUGAUGCACAAACAAACGAAUGGAUCGGCUCGUGGUACGAAACACCUAACACGAAAACCAUCCCAGAGUGUUCGUCGGUGACGCACGCCGACAACAGGGAUAAGGAGCAGGCUACCUUCGUCUGGCAGGCACCGAAAGACCGCCAAGGGCAGGUUUAUUUCACCGGUACUAUUGUAAAAAAUUACGGUACUUAUUGGUCGAGCAUAAUUGCCGCUGUACCUGCACCAUUUGGGCGCCAUCAAUAAGAAGAGUUUGGAGAACUGCACAAUUAUGUUGCCAGAGCACGCUGGUUUUGUAAAUAUAGUACAUCGUUCAGUAUGUUGUCUCUCAUUCAUGUAGUUUGAUCGUUAUCCGAAUUAAUCAUCUCUACUUGUUCGAUGAAACACAAUGUAAUAAGUUUCGUUCCUGUCAGUGCAAAAAAUUGUUAAAAGCGGUCAAACGAGGAGAGCAAUUGGGAAGUAUUAGAAAUUAUUCAUACUCGUUCAGACACAGCCCAUCUUUCGAUUGGAUACGGAGUCAUUUUCGGAUAUCAUUAGGAGUAGGACAAAAUCAAAUUAGGACAAAUUAGGAGGAUCAAAAUCGGGGGUACCGAAUUGUCCGGAGUAAGCUUAAUGAAUGAACAAAAAAAUGUGGUUGUUACUGACCAUAAAAAGUCUAGAUCGGACUAUAUUUGAGGUUGACUGGGAUGAUGUAUUUAAUAAUUGUGGUUAUUGAAGAGUUUUGCGAUUCAUCCCGAUACCUGUGGACAUUUUAACGAUUCGUCGUAAACCAAUGACAGCGGCACGAUGCUUGAAAAUGUUGACAACUCCCGGAACCUGGACUGUGAUGCUUGAACUCAGGAUUGAAGGAAACUUUCUCGGAUGCAAAACAAUAGCAUAGGCUAGGGAAGAGUUGUGUGUGUGUGUGUGGGUCGCAGGGACUGAAUGAAUGUUAAGUAAUGAUUUUAUUUGGCAAACUAGUUAAAAAUGCAUUAAUCAAAUACAAAUACAAACAAUCAAAACGGAGACCAAAACCAAAAUAAUCAUAACAGAGUAACUAGUUAUUUUGACCAGUUACUGCAAAACAUCCCCAUCUGUAUCUUGAACGACUUGCUUCUGUGUUCAAUUAACAUCGAGAAGAUGAACCGUUUAGGAAUAAGGAUUUCUGUUAAAUUUCAAAGAAUGACGUUUAAAAGUUUACUUUAGACUUGGAAAUGGAAAAAUGGUCUGAGGGAUCUAUUCUCUCAAGUCUACCAAACUCGCUAGUGUCGCGACUCUUCGGUUAAAUUAGUUCUUGGAAAACCUCAGCUGCUCAUUCUAUUAUUUAUUCGAAGUGUAGCUUGCAGUCCUUAAAUUCACGGCAUAGUCGUCACAAAUAACCAGGAUUUUAUUGUUGUAAACUAUACACCUGGAAACAGUACUGGUAAUAUUUAAAUAUAGUUAACCCUUUUCGAUUUCCAACGAUUUCUUGUCCAUGAUUCCAUUAUCAGAUAUUUCCGGUUUUUAUAACCGCUUAUAACAAGUUUUUAAUUGAACAUAAAAACAAAAAACAAAAAUGACAGAAGCUUCAAACAUUAUGUAUUAGAAUAUGCAUGUAAAAUAAAACCUGCUCUUUCAUCGCUGUAUUCAUGUGUCUCUCUUUUUUUUUUAAUUUUCCUCAAUGUGUCCGUGUUUAGCAAACUUCUCCUAUACCUAAGUGAAUAAAAUACCGGACGCGUUUAAUUCAUAACAUAUUUAUGACACAUCCUACUAUGAUCAAAACUGCUCAAACUUCACCAACCGAUCCUUUAUCUCGUUUGGCACAUAAUAAUCCAGCUAGAAUACUUAAUAUAACUUAAAGGCAAUUCUGAAAUCUAAAAAAAGCUGGAACCUUCACAAAAAUAACUAAACUAGCAACAGUUGAUCGAACGCUCAGGACAUUUGCUAACAUGUUU